CCUCGUCAGUUCCCGGAGUGCCUUGCGGCUGUAAUGGCUGCCCCGGGCUGGCGUGCUGCUAUGUUCUUUCGGGUGGUGUUCGGGGUCCGGCAGUUGGGCCUACACGCCGCGACGGGGUGGGUGACCGGGCUCUCUUCGCCCUUGGACUCUCAGCAGAGAUGCGUGUCGUGUUUCGCGGGCGCCGCCUUCUCUGGUCCCCGUCUGGCCUCGGCCUCUCGCCGUUAUGGCCAGAGCUCAGCCUUGGAUCGCUUCCUCGGACUCUCUCAGCCAGGCAGUUCCUUGACUUCUCACCCUCCCGCCGUGUCCAUGCACAGAGAUGAACAGGAUCUCCUCUUGGUCCAUCAUCCUGAUAUGCCCGAGAACCCCCGGGUCCUACGAGUGGUCCUCCUGGGUGCUCCGAAUGCAGGGAAGUCAACACUCUCCAACCAGCUGCUGGGCCGAAAAGUGUUCCCUGUUUCCAAGAAGGUGCACACCACUCGCUGCCAAGCUCUGGGGGUCAUCACAGAGAAAGAGGCCCAGGUGAUUCUACUUGAUACACCUGGUCUCAUCAGCCCUGUUAAACAGAAAAGGCACCAUCUGGAGCUUUCUUUGUUGGAAGAUCCGUGGAAGAGCAUGGAGUCUGCCGAUAUGGUUGUGGUUCUUGUGGAUGUCUCAGACAAGUGGACUCGGAACCAGCUCAGCCCCCAAGUGCUCCAGUGCCUGACCCAGUUCUCCCAAGUCCCUAGCAUCCUUGUCAUGAACAAGGUAGAUUGCCUGAAGCAGAAAUCCGUUCUCCUGGAGCUCACAGCAGCCCUCACUGGAGGUGUGGUCAACGGCAAGAAGCUCAAGAUGAGGGAGGCUGUUCGCUCACAGGCCAGCACUCGUUGCCCAGGCCCACCAGCUAAGGGCCCAGACAUACAGUCUGUGGGAGAUUCUCAGAAGGUUGGCUGGCCCCACUUCCAGGAGAUCUUCAUGUUGUCAGCCCUAAGCCAGGAAGAUGUGAAAACACUAAAGCAAUACCUGCUGGCACAGGCCCGGCCAGGACCCUGGGAGUUCCAUAGCAGAGUCCUCACCAGCCAGACACCUGAGGAAAUCUGUGCCAACACCAUCCGAGAGAAGCUACUAGAGCACCUGCCCCAGGAGAUACCCUACAAUGUGCAGCAGAGGACAGUGGUGUGGGAGGAAGGUCCAAGCGGGGAGCUGGUGAUCGAACAGAAGCUUCUGGUGCCCAAAGAAUCCCAUGUGAAGAUCCUGAUUGGUCCAAAGGGGCACUUGAUCUCCCAGAUUGCCCAGGAGGUUGGCCGCGACCUCAUGGACAUCUUCCUCUGCGAUGUUCGGCUCCGCCUCUCUGUGAAGCUUCUCAAAUGAGGACUCUCUGCUGCCUCUUCCAAGGCAUCCCAGCCAAAGAUGCUGGCAGGAGCCGCUGACCAGAAUGGCCCCUGCUCAGGGCCUGCAGGGACUGGCGAGGGGCAUGCUGCCUGACUGAUAACUGACUUGACCUUGCUUGAGUCUGCACAGCCCCUGCCUAGCCAUUUUCCCCACUGGAGGAAGGAACCAGCCUUAGCUCAGUUCUCAGGUAGUUCCUGUGCCUGGGGCCCCAGCUGCUUAGGUCUAGAAGUUGGUUCUUUGGUGGGAACAAUGCCACACUGCUUCGAGCUGGGAAUGAAACCAGAGUUUCUCCCUGAGGUGCCGCUUGUUAGCAGAGAGGUCUUUUUCCUGUCCCCUCAAUUCCUCUACCACGAAACCAUGUGUAAGGACUUAAGUGAGAUACUGCCCUGAGCCCCAUCCCUCUCCCUCGUCUUGAAUUCCAAUAAAUUAAAAGACAAGCA